ACCGUGUUUCUUUUCCACCCCUCGAUUUUCCAUUUUUGUAGUUGAAUAAAUAUUUCGGAACGCGUUUUCCCAAAUAUUUUUUCCUUGGAAAAAACUUCAGAAUGUGUUUUCCGAUUUUUUUUUUCAGAAUUUGAACUAAAAAAACUUCGAAAAACGCGUUACAAAGUUUUUAUACAAGGAUAAAAUUGGAAACUCAGGGUAGAAAAGAAACACGGGAUGGGAAGGGAAAAAUUCUAAUUUCUGGGCUUUGGCCCGAGCCCAGCCCACUAUUUAAUGUAUGUUGGACCUAGUGAGGGGACUUAGGGCCAUUUCAUUCAAAGCUGUCGUUCAGACUUCAGAGUGUUUCUCUUCCGCCGUUUGUCUUCUCCAUCGCAAUUCUCAAGCCACCGCGCCACUAAUCGUUCCUCCGUCUUCUCCAUCGCAAUUCGACUUCAAAAGGGAAUUUACAUUUUAUAGGAUUAAAUUGUAGCAGUUGGUGUUGUUACAGUGUAAGAAAUGGCUAUGAACCUGUUUGAUGGAAGUGAUUCGGAGAAUGAUGAUAUCUCAAAAAUUGAGAUAAACCAGGAAUAUGCUCGUAGGUUUGAGCACAACAAGAAGCGAGAGGAACUCCAUCGUUUUGAAGAAUUAAAAAAGAAGGGUGUUAUUGAUUCACCUUCGCACUCGGGAGAUGAUGAAUCUGAGUCUGAAUCAUCUGAUGACGAUUUGAAAAAUUACAAUCCCAAGAGUGAUAAGGUUUUCUUUGAUGUCUUGAAUAAGGUGAAGAAAAAAGAUCCUAUUAUAAAGGAAAAGGAUGUUAAGUUUUUUGAAUCUGAUGAUAGUAGUGAAGAUGAAAGUGGUGAUGAGAAGAGUAAAUCUAAAGAUAAGAAGAAAAGAAAGGCGAAGUAUUUGAAGGAUGUGGUGGCUGAGCAUUUGAUUGAGGAAGGAGCCGAUUUUGGUGGUGAAGAGGAAGAAACGAAUGGAAAACUGAAAGGUAAGAAGGCAAUGUCUUUGAAUUGGGAGGAGACAGGUUUUGUGAAUAAUGGGAAGAAGACUUAUGGUGAUGAGCAAGAGGAGUUGCUAAGGGAAUUUCGGGAAGCAGAAAAAGAGGCGUUGGGAGAUGGGGAAGAAGGGGAUUUUCUCAUCCUGAAUGAGAAGGCAGGUGAAGACAAAGAAGAUAGCGUUGACCCAGAACUUGAGAAGAAACUGGAUGAGUAUUUCAGUGGAGAUGCAGAAUCAAAUGAAAAUUCUAGAUUUCUAAGAAACUAUUUCAGGAACAAAAUGUGGUUAGACAAUAAAGGGGAGAAUUUGAAUGUCGGAGAGGAAGAUUUGGAAGAGAUUUCAGAAGAUGAGAUGGAAAUUGAGAGGCAGGAAGAAUAUGAGCAUAGGUUUCAAGAAAAUCCGGGAGAUAGAGUGUUGGGUCAUGCUCGUAAGGUGGAGGGAUCAGUGAGGAAGAAGACAAACACAAGGAAAGAGCAGAGAAAUAGCAAAGAGGAGAGAAUGGCAAUAGCACAAAAGGAAAGGGAGGAGGAGUUGAAACAUUUAAAGAAUGUGAAGAAGCAGGAGAUACAGGAGAAGGUUAAAAAGAUAAUGAAGACUGCAGGGAUCGAUGAUGAAGAUAUCAUCCCUUUGUCUGCUGCAGAAUUAGAAGAGGAGUUUGACCCAGAGGAGUAUGAUAGAAUGAUGAAGAAAGCAUUUGAUGAGAAGUAUUAUAAUGCAGAGGAUGCUAACCCUGAAUUUUGCAGUGAGGAUGAAGACAUGGAGAAGCCAGAUUUUGAAAAGGAAGAUGAAUUACUUGGGCUUCCUAAAGGCUGGGAUGAACCUGGAUCUGAUGGUGGGUUUUUGGCUGCUAGAGAAAAAGCAUUGAAAGAAAAGAUUGAAAAUACUAGUGAUGAUGAUCUCAUGGAAGAAGAAAAUGAAGAAGAGGAAAUUCCCGAGGAAGGUAGUAGUCGGAAGAGGAAGCGUAAAGUUGCACUUUUGGAGAAAGCGAGACAGGCAAUGAUGGACGAGUACUAUAAAUUAGAUUUCGAGGACACAAUUGGGGACCUGAAGACAAGAUUCAAGUAUACCAAAACAAAGCCUAGCAAAUUUGGCAUUGGUGCUCCAGAGAUACUAUUGAUGGAUGACAAGGAAUUGAAUCAAUAUAUUUCCUUGAAAAAACUUGCUCCUUACCAGGAGGAGGAAUGGAAGCUUAGCAAACAAAAACGAUACAUGCUGAAGAUGAGAGCUAAGGAGAUCCUUCGUGCAGCAAGUAUGGAUAGGAAGAAAAAUAAGAAGUCAAAGGUUGAUUCUAGUAAGUCAACAAAGGAUGGUUCUAGUAAGUUGACUUCAUCAAACAAUGUUGUGGAGGAUGAAAAAGAAAACACAGCAAAUUUGGUUAAGAAGAAAAAGAAGUCAAAGAUUUCUAGUAAGUUAACUUUGUCAAACAACGUUGUGGAGGAUGAAAAAUCAAACACAGCAAGUUUGGAUAAGAAGAAAAAUAAGAAGACAGAGGUUGAUUCUGGCGAGUUAACUUCAUCAGACCGUGUUGUGGAAGAUGAAAAUACAGAAGGAUCAAAAUCAAGGAAAGCCAGGAGAAAGGAAAAAAUGGCGCCAUUAAAGUUAUCGGAGGCAAGACUUAAAGCAUAUGGAAAACAAACCUGAAAAUCGAUGUGCGAGGCAACCACUAAAAGCAGUCAAGCAUUCCCUUGUUCAUUUUAGAAGAUUGGAAAUUUGGACAUUACAGAGGAAAGUGUGCUGGCCCAAGUUUUGUGUGUGGAGAAGUUUUUGUUGUUUGUUUGUCUUUCUAGUUUUCUCCAUUAAAUACAUUAUUAAUGCAUUUUCAGUCAUAGCCAAACUGUUUUUGGGAUCAGCAAUUCAUUUUUGACCAAUGCUUGUUACUAUUUAUUGUCUUCAUGUUUCCAAAAUUGCAUUCAGAAUUACUGAUUUUGGCUAUAAUUCAUAAGUUACUUGUAAUUGCAAAACAGAAAUAAGAACAAUGUUUUUCAAUGUCAUUGAACCCAAAUGAUUGUUUUGACAUA